AUGAGGCAUCCGACCGUAUCAGAUAACAUGCUGGGAUCACAUACCCGCUCCCAUUUCAUCUCCCUACAACAUUCUAAAGCGGCUUAUUAUAUACAGUUAUAUGUUCAGUUUGAGCUCGGACACACGCAGCACGGUGUAGUCGUGCUUCACCGGGACAUGUCUGACGUGUCUGUCUCUCCGUUUUGUGAUCUCCUUGACGUACAUGGGUUUCUUUGUUUUUUCCACCACCACGGCCUUGAUGGUGAAGAUGCUUGGGUCGAUGGCCUCUUUGAGGUGGAAGGUGUAGUUUCUGGAACCGAUAGUGGUGACGUCGUUGAAGUUGAGCACAUCGCCCACCUGGGCGUGUUUGAGCCGGAACGGCAGAAUCAUCUCGUCUCCCUUGGUCACGAGAUACGGUCUGUUGUGGACUCUGAGCGAGGCACAAACCACCAGGAACCAUUUGUACCAGUCGCCGACCGACAGUGCUGCUUCGUCGAGACUCUUGUAGAUCAUGGUCCACUCGCUGGAGAUGCCAAUUGGAUACAGAAUAAGAAACGCGUUGUAACGGAGCCAUUUCAGAGUCUGUGGAGGGUUUCCCUCGCUCAAGAUGUUGGCUGCGUAGUAGUAGUAGCGGAUAAUCUCACUAAUGGACCACGCAGUGAUCAUGCUGAUGUAGGCCCAAUGGGCAUUGGCUGGAGAGUCUGGCAGCACGGUGAAAAUGCCAAUCACAAGCAACAAUCUCGACGACACUUGCACCACGGUCGUCACGAGCGGAGAACGCACGUUACCCACGGCAGAGUUGUAUAUUUCCGUCACGGCAAGACACUGGAUCAAGGUGUUCCACGUGGCGGUCAAGUCAAAGAUCUCAUAGCCGGAAUAGAGAAUGGCAACAAGAGACGUGUUUACCAGCACGAACGACCAAAGUGCGCCGGAAAUAAUGUUGUAAUUGACGAUCCACGAAGGAGAAGACAUGGGGGUAAAAAGAUUAGUCCUGGUCCUGGUUCUCGUUCUCGUUCUUCUCCUCCAGAUCGUCGUCGUUCUCCGCGCCGUACUCGCGCUGGUACAACGACAGAUCAUGGUCCUGGUCCGGGUCCAGCUGCAGCUGGUGCUGGCUUUGCGAGUACUCCUCGUCGUCCAGUUCCUCGUCGUUACCCAAAACAGCAUUGUACUUGUUUCGCGUUUGAACAAGAGUUUCGUUAA